GAACGGUUCAGCUCCGGGAUCCGAAGGGCAGACCCGCGGUACUGGGAAGGGUUAGAUCCAGAGACCGCAGAAGGAGUGGGGGCCAAAGGCAGCUUUGGGAUCCCGAGAGGCAGGCCCAGGGAUCUGGAGGCCGGCCCGAAGCCCCGGGGGCGGAGCAGGACUCCCCCUCCUCCUCCUUCCCUCACCACCGGCAGAGCGAGAGAGGAGCGGCUUCACUCGGAGCCCGGCCGCUGAUCAUGGCUUCCUUCCUCCCUCACUAACCAGUGCAAAAAAAUCCAUAGCCAAUCACCCUAUACUGACACCAUGUUGGCAUCUUGAACUAUUUGGCUGUGAAGGUAUGUUGUUGGCAUUUCUAUCAGGUUGAGCUUACAAGGUGUGAACUCACGGACACGCUGGGAAGGAGACUCUACCUAAUAAUGCCCGCUUUUUAAGUGCUUUGUAUGAAUAAUCAGGUUAACUCAUUUGCUGCGUGUCAAGUGAAGACAAACAGCUAUGUGGCCUUCCUCUAAGGGUCGAUUGUUCCCUGCGUGAAGAGCAGGUACAGGUGAUUGUUUAGUGCUCCUACAGUUCUGGCUCGAAGGCUCCUGCUUGAAGUUCUUCUGAGAGUAUUUUCGCCAAGAGAAAAUUUGGGUCUUGCACCCAGUUCUGUUUAAUGGAAUUUCAUCGGGAGUCAGACCUGGAUCGGCUGAGUUCCUCCAAGGAAGCUAGAAGAAUGUAGCUACGGGCAGCGUAAGGCAUUUGAAAAAGCACUGAGCAACUUCAUUACCUCUUGGCCAUGGGAGCUUUGGUGGUUGUCCCUCUGGGUCUGCAGCACGAUCAAGAGCAGGAGGAGAAGGUUGAGCAGAAAGCCAGGCUUGCCAAGGUACUCCGAAGGAGAAGAGAAAGAAAGACCGUCCCUCGGAGACCCUAUACCCCGAGAGUCUACAAGGAGCCCCGGUCCUACCUUCAGCUCUCUGAGGAGCAGUGCAUCCAGAGAUUGAGGUUCUCAAAGGCGGUGGUGACAGAGAUCUGCCAGCUUCUGCAGGCAGAGCUUCAGCCCCGUACCCGAGCUUGGACUGCUCUGCCAGUGGAAGUGAAGGUCACUGUCACCCUGAACUUCCUGGCCUCUGGCUCCUUCCAGGCAGCUGCCGCCGCUGAUCUCUGCCAUAUCUCGCAGUUUGCAGCACACUGCUGCAUCCGGGACGUGACGGAUGCCCUCUACUCCAGGAGGGAGGACUUCAUCUCCUUCCCCGAGGGCGCGGAGCAGCAGGCUGAGAGGGCAGAUGGGUUCGCCCACAUUGCCAAUUUCCCCAAGGUGCAGGGAGUGAUAGACUGCACCCACGUAGCUCUCCGCACUCCCCACAUGAAGCCAGAGCUGUACAGGAAUCACAAGGGCUUCCACUCACUCAACGUGCAGCUCCUCUGUGACCACGAGCAGAAGUUCCUCAUGGUCAAUGCUAUGUACCCUGGCAGCUCGCACGAUGCCUUCAUCUUGAGGCAGUCCGAAGUGCCUGCCAUGUUCCAGCCACCAGACUGCUUAGAUGGUUGGCUUUUGGGUGAUAAGGACUACCCCCUCCUUCCGUGGCUACUCACCCCUGUCCAGUCUCCUGCGAGCACUGCCCAGUGCAAUUACAACCAAAGCCAUAGGGCCACCAGGAGCCUGGUGAAGGAUGCUAUUAGGGUCCUCAAGGCGAGAUUUCGGUGCCUAGACAGAUCUGGCGGGGCUCUUCAAUAUUCUCCGGAGAGGGUCUCGCGUUUCGUUGUCGUCUGCUGCAUGCUACAUAACCUGGCCAUCAUGCGGGGACAGCCCUUGCCUGAAGACUUCCAGCAAAUGGAUGGCGAGGAUGACGAUGAUGACAACGACAAUGAUGAAGAUGAGGAGGAGGAAGUUGAAGAGCAGGAGGUAGCUGAUGAUGAGGAGGAGGAAGGGAAAGUGAAGGAAGAGAAUGCUGGUGAUCGCCAGCAAAGAGCAUUGUCUGGACAUACCAUCCGGGCACACCUCAUAGCCCAGAGAUUCUCAUGAAGACCCAGCCUCACUAGUUCAACAGCCUGACACAUUGGCAUUCUUUCACCCAGGCUUUGCCACCACGUGACUUUUGAAAUCCCUGGUAAGUCCCAGUGGCUGGUAGUGAGCAGCAGGAUUUGUACCGAUUCACCUUGGCAGCAUGACGUACAUUUUCCACUGUACAGGAAUUUUGGCAAUCAGUUAUAACCAGAAGCACCGCCAAUUAAAAGGUGUUACGAUCACGUAGCAGUUCAUACAACGCUAUCGCUGCUUGGGAUGUUGGAGUUUGGAGUUCAAUCCUGGCGUAAGGAAUCAUGGAAUGCAUGUGUUUUCACUGGCUUUUUUGGUAUCCCCCACAGUCCAAAGACGAAGCUGUUAGGUUGUAAGUUGUCCCGUGAUUAGGAUCUGGGUUGCUGAGCAGUCCAGCUCAGAGAGCUGGAAAGGCCUAUUCCACACUGUCUCUCUAAAUAAAAAAUAAUAAAAACUAAUAUAAAGCCUUUAAGUUUUGCAACAGCAAGUGGAAGAUUCCCAAUACCUUCCAAUCAACAACUGCAGGGACUAAUGUAUGUUGAGAAAAGUAAUCUUCUAGCCUGCAUAAUGGCUGCUUCUGCCAGGAAUACCCCUGCCAUGUUCCUGAUGGUGUAAAUGCAUCCCCAGUCAGGAAGAUGCCUGCUAUAGCCUUGGUCGACAAGCGUAAUUCUCACCACACUGAACAACAGCAUACCUCCUAAACUAGGACGACAGCAGCCUCAGCUACCAGUAAGUUGGGGUCAAUGUGCCACGUUGUUGCGGUCUGUCAUUGGCCCAGUGACUACACUGAGUGUACAUGUAAUUGAUAAUGAACUUACCAAUUACCUGGGGAAACCUUUAUCUGUUCAACCCCGUAAAAGCAGUGUCAACUGUGUACUUGACCACCUGUAAACUGGACAUCAAAAUUUGACAACAUCCCUGAGUGGAGAAGUGAUUUCUCUCCUAGGUGUUACCUCUAGUACCAAUGGCACUGACCCUGCAACUGAUGUUGCCUUUCAUUUCCCAGAAACACUGCGUCAGAUGUGAAAGGGAGUUGUGGUGCUUCGCUAUUUUCUGCCUGGGUCUGUAAUAACCCCAGACUAACUUCCCCGCAAAGCCACUGCCAGUAAAUAAAAAAUAACUUUUGCUAUACUGUCUGUUCCCAUGUUGGUUUUGCUCCUUGGUGCCCACCUCAGCAGAAGACUUUGAAAGCAGAAGCGAAGGAACAAAUCUUAAGUAAAUGCUUCUAAACUAAGUUAAAACAUUGGAGAAGUACCACUAAAUAUUUCAGAAUGGUGAUGUUAACUAAUCAUCCCUUCUUUUUCAUGCCUGAUCUUUAACUGCCUUUGCCUAGCCACUUACUACACAUCACUCUUGACUGAGUAGCUGGAUGGUUGUUCUUCAGAGUGAGGAGGCAGCUGGUGGCUGUGGAGCCUGACACUGCACCGUCUUGGGCCGAGGCACAGUGGUCUGGGUUUGCUGGUCGAAGGGCGUUGGGUGGAAAGCUAGCAGUGGGAAUAUGAAAGAGGCAAGGCAGUAGAUCCUAGUACCACACAUCUGCUCAUGGUGCCAAAGUAACGAGAUGUACAGCCUACUUACAGUGCUGCCAUCACGGCCUCAGGACCUGUGCCCUGUAGCUGGGAAGUUGUCCUUCCUAUUGUGAGUCUGGCAGCCAACUUUGUAGUAAAGGCCAAGAUUAAGAUUAGCUUUAUUUGUCACACGUACAUAAAAGCAUACAGUGAAAUGUGUUGUUUGCACCGAUGACCAACACAGUCCGAGGAUGUGUUGGGGGCAGCCCACAAGUGUCGCCAAGCUUUCAGCACCAAUGUAGCAUGCUCAGAACUCACUGAUCAUAAUGCUAAGCACGUCUCUAGAAUGUGGGAAGUAACAGGAGCACCAGGGGAAACCCACAUGGUCACGGGGAAAACGUACAAACUCCUUACCAGCAGUAGUGGGAAUUUAAUCCAAAAUUAUAACAAGAUUGGAAAGAGGCAGUUUUGGAAAUGUCAGGUAGAAUUUCCCCAAACAGAGUCCUCAUUACUGUUUUGUAUGUCAGUCGAGGCAGGCCACUGCUGCUCACAGGAAGGGGGUGCAGUGUGAUGCUUUCUCCAUUCUGAGUUCCUUAAACCCCAUCACGCCAUCUACAGCUGCCCUCACUCCCAAGGCAGUAGCCUUCCUGCAGCCAGGGAUAAAGCUCUCCUGAGCACCAGCCCAGGCAUAGGUAUGUGGUUCACAGUUACUGGAAUGAAUGGUUGGUGUAUCUAUUGAUCUUUGCUAUUUUUUAAUGGUUGCAAUUAUAAAACAUAGCUAAAAGUAGAUCCUGUGGUGUAAUCAAGCCUUUUAUAUUUGAGAAAAAUGCACCGAGGAAACAGUACAUGGGUAGAUUUGGUGCUACCUUAACUUGUAGAUUCAGUUGGUGAUAAGGAAGGCAAAUGCAAUGUUAACAUUAAUUUCAAGAGAACGAGAGUAUAAGAACAAAGAUGUAAUGCCGAGACUUGUACUUGGAGUACUGUGAACAGUUUGGGCCCCUUAUCUAAGGAAUUUGCUGGCACUGGAGAGGUUCUAGAGGAGGCCUAUGAGAAUGGUCCUGAGAAUUAAAGGGUUAACAUAUGGGGAGUGUUUGAUGGCUCUGGGUCUGUACUCGCUGAAGUUCAAAAGAAUUGGGGGGAGGGAUCUCAUUGAAACCUAUCAAAUAUUGGAGGGCCGAGAUAGUGGAUAUGGAGAGGAUAUUUACUAUACUGGGGGAGUCCAGGACCAGGAGGCACAGCCUCAGAAUAGAAGGACGUCCUUUUAGAACUGAGAUGGGGAGGAUUUUUUUCAACCAUAGGGUGACGAAUCAGUGGAAUUCGUUGCCUCAAACAGUUAUGGAGGCCAAGUCAUUGAAUAUAUUUAAAGCAGAGGUUAAUAGAUUCUUGUUUAAUAAGGGUGUCAAGAUUACAUGGAGAAGGCACAAGAAUAGGGUUGAGAGGGAUAAUAAAUCAGCCACGAUGGAAUGGUGCAGCAGACUCAGUGGGCUCCUAUGUCUUAUGGUCUUCGAGGAGAGGAAUAGAAAGUGCAUACAAGUGACUUUAUAUACUGUAUAUUGCUAGUUUCCUCAUGUCUAGGGAAGUACAUGCAUUGCCUCAAGAGUACUACUUAGAACCUCUUGGGAUCAACAUUAAUUAAAAGGGAUUUGAUCAUGUUAUAUCCAGUUAGUCUGUGAUCACAUAUAAAGCCUCCACACGGUCAAUUCCAGUUAUCACAUAAGUAGCCAUAACACCUUUAUCCUUUGACCAUAUCCUUGAUCUUUUUUACUCUGUCACACUCAGAGGAAGCCUAAUUUUAAGGUGAUUGGAGGAAAGUAUGGGUGAGGGGGGGGAUAUCAGAGUAAGUUUUUUUUAACACAGAGAGUGGCAGCCAGAGUCAGAAAGGAUCCUUGAAACAGGGGCGGUCUUGACCUCGCUUGUGGCUUCAAUUGUGUCUGUAACAUUAGGUAAAUUCAUUCCACGAGCCACCUUGUCAAAGCAGAGCCUCCUAAGGCGCUGCUUCUCAGCAAAGUAGAUCUGAGGCCACCUUGACCUAGCUGCUAGGUAAGACCUCCUAUUCCAAUUUCUACUACUUCCCUUGCAUCAGGAAGCCCUGCAACAUGAACCCUCUGUGUACUCACCCUGUUGUAAGCGAUGCCCAGUUGCAUGGUCACCAAAACCACUGCACACCUCCGCCCACCCCACUGCCAACAUCUGAUAUAAUUAUUUAAUUGCUCAAAAGGUCCCAGAAAUGAUUGCUGUGUUUGUCACUACCUGAAGGCUUCAACAUCGUCACAAAAUACACGUAUAUCUAUAACCUCCCACAAGUGACUGAUGAUACAUUAGAUACCAUUGGGAUUGAAACACAGUAAUAAGGCAAAGUUUCCCACUGUGGUGUGUUCGCUGGCCAUAUGCUGGUUUAGCAUGUCAACAUCAAGGAUGUACGAUUGUCAUCUGGCCACAAGUUUCCUUUGAUGGUGCAGGUAACUCCCACUAUGAUUGGAACUAAAAAUGUGUGUUAACAAUUACUACUUCAAACUUAAGGCAUUUGGUAUAUCAUUGCUCUUGUGAAGACCAGCAGGAAAAUUGAAAUAAAAAACCCCUGCAGAUGCUGGAAAUUGAAGUAAAAACAGAAAAUGCUGGGAACGUUUAGAAGGUCAGAAUCUGCGGAGAGAGAAACUGAGUUAAUGUUUCAAGACCCUUUGUCAGAACUGGCACCAUCGCAGCCGCAAACUUAACUGUUUAUUCAUUUCUAUAAAUGCUGCCUGACCUGCUGAGUUCCUCCAGCAUUUUGUGUGUUGUUAUGUGUUAAUUCAUGUUAUUUCUGAAAUAAACCAGAUUGAUUUUUUUCCACA